UUUACUUUUUUUAAUGCGCAAAGUCUAUGGACAAGGGUUGAGACUCUAGAAAGCACAAUCUGAGUAGCAAUAUAGGUUGGUUUGACGUUUGUGAGGUUAUCAGGACGGAUGCGUUAUUUUUGAAGUCAAUAUACAGGAUUUGAAGAACGAAUGAUAACCUCUGUGAUAGUGUGUUCUGUGUUUUAGGCUGGUGACAGUGCUUGCACCGGCCCAGGUCAGAGUCUGUGUUCCGCCUCCAAUAUGCUUCUCUUCUGGUUCCGGCCCUUUGCUGCUCUCAUUUCUUCUCAUCUUCUCAUCUGCACGUCUGGCAUGCCUCUGUCUUCAAACACAGAGUGGAAUGUUUCUUCAGAGUAUGAUGACCUGUGGCCAGCACUAUCCAGCCCAAGCUACUACCUGUUCAGACCAUCAACGGUUGUCCUGAAUCCAGCCAACCACUCACACACCCUUCCAUCAACAAAUCUUCCAGAAAAUAUGGAGUCACAAAUUAAUAAGCAGUUUCAGCUUUUAAAGAUGAACUACUCACGUAUUAUGAAUGAUGUAUAUGAUAAGUCUAGUGGCCGCCACCUCCCUCGUCUGGUCGACAAAGCGCUCAGGCUGUUCGAUCUCAAACAAGUAAUGCAGGAGUUGGAGACCAGUGUGAUGUCAAAAGUCUCGUGCACCGCAUGUAAAGCAGGAGCUGGUCUUCUGCAGCAUUACAUUCAUGCUGGUAAAACACUGGAUGAUAUAAAGAAAAUAGUUCUUCAGUUUUGCAUCAGUUUGAAAAUACAGUCGCCAAGAGUAUGUGAGGGUAUCACAGAAUUGUUUGUUGGUGAAGUGGUGUACGUAUUGCAGCAAGUCACACUCGGUCCAGAAGAGAUCUGUAGUUUUGUGAUUGGUGAUGCAUGUGGUGACGUGUAUAACCCAACUCAUGAAUGGCAUGUUGCAUUUCCACCCGUACAAAAACCAGAUGUCGUGCCACAAAAACCACCCUCUCCAGGUGCUCCUACUUUCAAAGUACUUCACUUGUCGGAUACUCAUUUUGAUCCAUACUAUCAUGAAGGUUCCAAUGCUAACUGCAAGGAGCCUCUGUGUUGUCGUUUAACAAAUGGGCCAGCUCGAACAUCACACGACGCUGCCGGGCGUUGGGGUGACUAUCGCAAGUGUGAUACUCCCAAACGUACAGUUGAUCACAUGUUGCAACACAUUUCAAAUACUCAUCCUGAUAUAGAUUAUAUCUUGUGGACUGGAGACUUACCGCCACACGAUGUUUGGAACCAAACCAGGGAACAGAAUUUAAUGAUUUUGAGAGAAACUGUGAAUCAGAUGAUUCAGACUUUCCCAGGUAUACCAAUAUUUCCAGCAUUAGGCAAUCAUGAAAGCCAUCCUGUGAACAGUUUUCCACCUCCAUUUGUGAGUAAUGAAUAUAGUAUUGCAUGGCUGUACAAUGAGCUGGACAAGCACUGGAGACAGUGGCUGCCUACAUCUGUGUCCCACACGGUACGUCGUGGUGCCUUCUACAGUGUGCUGGUGCGACCUGGAUUUAGGAUCAUCUCUCUCAAUAUGAAUUUCUGCAAUAACAAAAAUUGGUGGCUUCUCUUGAAUAGUACUGAUCCAAGUAAGGAACUUCAGUGGUUUAUUUAUGAACUUCAAAGUGCUGAAUUCAAUGGUGAGAAGGUGCAUGUGAUUGGUCACAUUCCUCCUGGACAUAGCGAUUGCCUAAAAGUUUGGAGCCGCAACUAUUUUGAGAUCAUCAAUAGGUAUGAAUCUACAAUUGUGGCACAGUUUUUUGGGCACACACACUUUGAUGAAUUCCAGUUAUUUUAUGAUAGCAAGGACCUUGGCAGAGUUACAAGUGUAGCUUAUAUUGGGCCCUCAGUUACACCAUAUAGUGAUUUAAAUCCAGGCUAUAGAAUAUAUUAUGUUGAUGGUGAUCAUCCAGAAAGCACCAGGGCAGUGGUGGAUCAUGAGACAUGGGUGAUGAAUUUGAAGGAAGCAAAUCUGUAUGAUUACCCCAUUUGGUACAAACUGUACAGUGUGAGGUCUUCAUACCAGAUGCCAUCUUUACUACCUCAAGAUUGGGAUAGCUUACUCAACAAGCUGACAAUAGACAGCUCUGUUUUCAACCUAUAUUAUAAGCAUUAUUGGAAGAAUUCGCCAGCGAGGCCAACUUGUGAUUCUGAGUGCAGGAAGAGAAUGGUGUGUGAUCUGAGAAGUGGUCGCUCUCAUGAUCGCAAAACUCUCUGUCAGGAACUGGAGAGUCGUAUUGAUGCAAACACACGAACAGGGUGGCGGGCAUGGAUCUACAAUGGCCUUGCGAUAUCGUAUGUUAAUUAUUUUGUUGGGUUUUGUUGGAUUGGGGAUAACGUAAAGAAUGCUGUGGCUCUGUUGUAAGAGGAAAUGUGAUUAUUGCAAAACAAUUAAAGGAAUUUACUGACAUGUACUUUUACAUACAUUCCUGCGAAAGUGGACCACACUAUUGAAUCAAUGAGAUGGUGUCAUUAAUUCUAUAAUGCAUUUUCUGAAUUUGAUUAAUACAUUAUAUAAGUUUAAUGUUUCAUUUAGUGAAUAAUAAGUUUAAUGGACUUAUUAGGAAAAGUCAUAUGUUUCACCUUUUGGUCUGUUUAUUAACCUAGGAAUGAAAAGCUAUGGGAUGAAUAAAGUGGCAGUUACUAUAGAAGGGGAGUGAUGGUGGGCAUGUAACUGGUUGGUCACUGUGUAUUAUUUACCAGAAAAACUUGUCAUAGUAUAUCAAAGUUUUUGAAUCCUAAUGCUUUACAUUUGUGGGGGGGAGGGGGCGAAAUUGAGGCACAUUGGGUUCAAAGAGGGCGUAGCUCUGGUCGACGUCAUUAUAUCAAAUUUUUCAUUUCAUUUACACAACAAUUUCUUUACUAUAAUUUGGAUGAUUUGGUCAUGAACAUAGUUUCAUAAUUAUUAUGAAAACUAUUUAAACAUUUUCACCAAACUUGCUCUAUUCCAAGAAUUUUGGAACUGGAAUUUAUCACAUUGCAAGUUUAAUCACCACAGUAUUUAUUUUUUUUUUAAUUUGAUAAUAUUAUAUACCUGUUAUCUAAUUUGACUUAAGGAAAUUUCCAAUUAAAUAACUAAAAUAAAUGUGUAGUGAUACAAGCAUCUGGCUCAUAAAUUGCAAGGAUAAACUGUAACACAGAUUUGAUAAAUCUUCAACAAGACCAAGGUUGCUUGUAACCGUGUUUGCAAAAUUAUAGUCUCUGCAAACAACUGUCCUUGACAUGUGUCAAGCUAUGAUUUUUGUUAAUAGAUUAGUUUUUUCUGUUAAAUGAGUAAAUUUACAUUUAAUGUGGGGCCAAUUUUUUUACAUGUGCCUGUUAUUUUGUCUCGCAUUAUCAAAUUUUUCUCUAGUUUUGUGUCACAGUGGUGAAACUCAUUUUAGUUCUUUGUCAGUUUUAAUUUUUGUGUGAGUUAAUUUUUUUUGGUACUUCUGUACUAGCACGUGUAUUAUUUUUGUUUGCUUUAUCAAUAGGUCAUAAAUUUAUGAUUAUUAAAUAGCACUGAUGCAGCUUAAAUCCAAAAGGAAGUACUAUAUGCUAUAAGAAAAAGUUUAUUUUAUUUUAAUUUGGCCACAAUCAUAAUUUUUAGUUCAUUUCUUUAUUUCUUAUUCAUUGCUUCAAAGCAUCUGUUAUGAUGAAAGUAGUUUGCUUUUGUUUUUGGUUUGAUCAAUCUUGCCACAUUCACUGAGCUUGCAUCUCUCAUAAUAGGUGUUGUAAUUGAACCAACUGGGACAAGCUUAGAACUUUAAUGAGAACUUAUUACUAUGAGCAGUCUACUGUUUGUUUUAGGUUAUUUAUGGUCAAGUUUACUUCUUAACCCUUUCACAUUUAAUACUAAUAAUGGUUAAAUUGUCAACAAAACAAGUAAUUGCCAUCCAGUGCAGUAUGUUCCUUCCACUUAAAUUGCUUAGGAAGUAAUUUUUUUUUUUUUUUCCAACUUCAUUACUCUCUCUACUUUUAUGUUAAUGCUGGUUUGAUUAUUUCAGUAAGAAGAAUGAAGUAUUCAUGACAUAUAAAUAAAUAUACAGCUAUAUUGGGUUCACCACUAAACAAAUUUUUAGAAGGGUGGAAGUUUUUCUAGUUUUUCUGUUAAUCGUUUAUUGUUGCUUGCUGUAAGAUACAUAUGACUGUAGAGAAAAGUAAAGAUGACAAUUCAACACCUAGAAUUGAAUUUUUGUCAGGAUCUAUUAAACAAAAAAGGCUUAUGAACAGCAGGAAUGGUUCGCUAGUAGAACAUGCCUAAAUUGUCAGUGGCUAAUCAACAUAGCAGUCAAUAUGUAAUUUGGUAUUCUUUAGUAAUUUGUUACUGCAAACAGAUCUUUGGGGUUGAGAUAAAUUGGUGUCACUAAUUAAAUUGCAUCAUCACAGAUAUAUAGUUUGUAACACUGCAUUUCGCCUUAGUGUAUAAUUUCAAAAAAAGGGGGUGGGGGAAAAUAUCCGGUAUUUUUGUGUUUUACAUAAUUGUUAUGUUAUACUAAUUGCAAGGAAUUGUAAAUACUUGAACAACCAUAAUCACAUUUCCUUGUAUCAUUUUGAAAAUAUUUAUAAUUGAUAAAAUGUUACAAAAUGUUAAUAUUUAAUCAUGUUAACCUUAAAUAUUAAAUUUAACUUCAUACUACAUCUUAUCAUUGCUAAGCAUACUUGAUUUUGUGAAAUGAGAAUUAUUUAUGAGUCAUUAUUUAGCUCAUUCAGGCUAAACUUAUGCUGGAAAAGUGUGGUUUAUAUUAUGUUAAACUCAAGUAAGCAUUGCAUAAAAUAGAUUUCUAUUAUUUAGCGUUAUUUUUGUCUAUUGUACUUGUUUGGUUUUGUGUUUGUUGUUUAAAAUAAUGUCAAUACCAGUCAUAAUUGGUAUUGUAUUUUUUGUUAAUAUCCAUCUUUUUUCUACUUUUUAUUGUAAUUCUAAUCUUAAUCUUAUUCCAGAUCAUUAUUUCAUAUUUUAUUUAAACACCGUUGAACAUGUAAGCUUUUUAAAAGUCAACAUUCAAAAUGUGAAACAAAAUACAUAUUUUUUAUAAUUUUUGUGUAAUUUGCUGCCAGAGUUACUUUUGCAGUAUCAAUAAGGAGAAAUAAAUGGAAUACUAGUUUGAAACAUUUUAGAGUUAAAGGCAAUAGUACUGGCUACUUUAUAAUGGAGUUUGAUUACUCUAUGAAAAAAAUAUUCUAUUUUAAUUUACUGUCAAAAUCCUUUCAAUUUUGAAUAUUUUAAAAGGCUAGGUAAAAUUAAAUAAUUAUUUCUCAAAGAAAUUCAAAACCAUAUCAUGAAGUACAUAGUAAUAUUGUCUUUAAACCUAAAAUUGUUCAUUUCUGUAAUACACUCAAUUCUCCUUAUUGGUACUGCAAAAAAAUUUUAUAACUGUAACUUAAAGAGCAAAUUGUGCAGAAAUUAUGCAAAAUAUAUAUUUUUAAUUGUGUGAAAGUUGAGCCACUCAAAAAGUCAACAAGUUUGUGUAUAAUGUUAGUGUAAAAUAAUGACAUGGAAUGGAAAAAACUUUUGUGUGUGUGUGUGUGUGUGUGUGCGUGCGUGCGCGUGCGCGUGUGUGUGUGUGUGUGUGCGCGUGCGUGCGUGUAAACACACAUGGCUGGUGGCUGGAAACUGCAAGUGAUAAUGAGUAUGAUUGUUAAAUGUACAUAUUUUUGCAGUAUUUAUUCAAAAUGCAGGUAAUGGUAGGUUUGUAAAUAUGGUAUAUGGGAACAUGCAGUUACAUAUCAGUUACCAUUUCUGGAUGUUUUACAGAGCCAUUGUUUUUAUUAUUAUAACUAAUAAUUUAUUUUAAUAUUGUUUGAAUUGGUUUGGCUUGGAAGUGCACAGAAGGGCUAAAAUAAAUAAUGGGUUUCUGAAUUACUUGUGCACUAACUAGGUGCUUAUAAUUAUCCAAGUUAGUAAAUGUCCAAUCACAAAAAAAAAUAUUAUUGUCUUACAUAAUUUCUAGUACUAUGAUAAAUUUAAUAUUUAACAAAUACCUUUUGCUGUGAUUCUUAAGUCAGUUUUUUUUAAAUGUUAAGGCAGCUAGUGCGUCUUUCUCAGUUAUUACCUGAAUGGUGAAAUGAAGAAGUAUGAUCACAUAGGGAAUAUUAGUCUAUUGACUUAAACCAUCAGUCGACUAAUUUGCAGUUUGUUGGCACUUUUUCCAUCAUACCAGCUUAUUACUCCACAUUAGAGCACUGCAUUGAUUACAUGUAGCUUUGAAUUGUAGGCGGCUGCUCAUCAUAUGAAAGAGAGGCCUGACAUCUCUUGCCUGCCACGAGGAGUGAAUGAUGAGAGAAAGAGGUGAGUUAGGUUGCCCACUGGAUCAUCUAUCCAACUUUUUUUCCACUUUUGCAGAAAACCCAGGUCAGAACUGCCAGGAUUCAAACACAUGUUGUCUUGAUGAGAGAUGAAUGAUGUGAGGGAUGUGACCAAUGUACUACCAUUGCAUGAACUUUCUCCCCUUAUACACACUAGUAAACAACAUUUGAAAAAACAUGUCAGUUUAGCUAAUAAAUGAAUUUUUGAGAUGUUUCAAAGUAAACAGUGUGAUGAAUUUUGUUUCAAGGGGCUUGACUACUCAAAGUUUCGGCUCUAUGCUGAGAUAGGAAUAUACAAUUUUAAUGCUUGAAAGGGUAAUUUAGUCACUUUUCUCAAUAUCACUUUGAAACUUUAACUACAUUGCGGUAAGAUAAAAAGAAAAACUAAGUUAUUUUAAGGUAAUGUUUUUUCAAAUUACUUUUAAAAUAUAAACUUAAGAUAACUUUUUGGUACAUGGUGAUUUUCUCUUUGCAAGGUAGAGUUGAUUUUUAUUUUUAAAUUAUUUUAUGAAAGGGGAAUGAAUCUCAUCCAAAAGCACUUGACGUAAAACCUUAUUUCAGCGCAUUAUUUAAUAAAGUUAACAGAGUUAAUAAAUAAAAUAUUAUAAAUAAUAUAUGUGAGUAAACGUUCUGAACUUUUGGUUUGCUUUGACAACCGUUUAUACAGAAAGUGUCCUAACAUUUCCAACUAUUAAUAUACAGGUACAGUAUUUCUCAUGAUAUAGUUUUAGUAAGCUCCUAAGUCUAAUCCAAUCAAUCAAUUUCUCUCUUCCUUCUUAUGCAAAACAUGUAACACUGAUCAAUAGUGACCUCGAUGGCAUACGGCAAUUAGCAUAAUUUUUUUAAAAAUUUAUAAUGACCAAUACUCAAAGUCAAUAUUUAUUUUAUAAAUCAUCAAACUUAACAUUUAAAUUACAAUUUUUAAAUCCACGAAGUUGAACUGUGUUGCAUUUCUGAGCAUCUAAAUUACAUACUUUUUUUAUAGACAGAAAAAUUGUUUUGUAUACCAGUACCAAGGAGUUGUUUGGGCAGGUUUUUUUAUUUGUUUGAGGUUUGUCCAUAUUUCAGGUCCUCAGUGUGGAUGGUGAUAAAAGAAACACACAUAAUGAUUUUUUGGACUUAUUAUAAAAAUUUGAUUAGUUUUUAUCAGCGAAAUACAAAUUUUUGCUCAUUUAGCCUGCCACAAAACAUAAUAUAAACCUCCCAGAUAUUUCUGGAGGCACCCAUGGGUUUUGUCUUGUGCUUGAGAUUCCAUGUUGUCAGCACUAACAUUUUUUCGAAUUGAAUCCUUGUGGUCUUGUCAAUCCAAUAACUUAUAGACAAAGUGACGACAUUCAAUAUAAGUUUAUAAAUAUGUACAAUGUAAAUUAUUCUUGGCCUUCAUUGCUAGGCAUGGAGAAUAAAGAUGGAUACAGGUAUUUGUUCAAGCCCUACCAAAAUUUUCUAUUUAUGAGCACCUAGUUGGUAAUCAAGUUGUUGAAGCCUUAUUAUUUCUACUUUACACUCUGUAUGCACAAUCAUGUGAUACAUAACCAAAUUUUAAAUUUUGUGUUAAUGAUUGUGGGAAAUUUGUGACAGCCUUUCUAGUAAGUUUUUUUCUACAGAAUUACAGCAAAUGUGAUCAUCAGUAUUAAAGAGAUUUAGAUUAUAUGUUUACAAGUUGUAAAUAUCAAUCCUGUAUAUAUUUUUAUUUUCUGGUCUGUUUGCAAGUUGAACCAGCAGCAUUGUUAAAACCCAUGACCUGUAAUGUUUUGUUUGAGAUGGAGUGGUAUGGUGUUGGGAAAGGUAUGUCCAUCUUGGUAGUUGAAUGUGCUGUUAGUGAACAAUGAGGCAACAUUUAGUAGCAAUAUAUAUUUAUAUUACCAGUGGUGUUUCCUAAUUAACUAACAGUUCAAUUAUGUUGUUGACUACUAACAAAACUGUUUUUUGUAAAAAUGUAAUUUAACAUUUUUCUGUGGAUAUUAAUUGUAAUGUUUUAUUUACUAAUACCUCAUUAAUAGCCUGAUUACUGGUUUAUUUUCAAUGUUUUGUGGCCAUUUUAUUAUAUAAUUUUGUGCUUGUGGAAAGUUAUUAAUAAAAUAGUUUUUUGAUGUGUUUUUUGUGAAUUAACCCAUUUUCAGUUUUUUCAGAAGAUCAUUAAUUGUUAGACUAAAGAAUCUCACUUUAAGACUGCAGCAAAUUUGUACAUGAACAUUUGAUCAUUGCUGGUACAAGGAAAUUUUGGUGUCUGUACAGUCAUAAAGUAUUUACUUGCACAUAGUAAACUUUGGAAAGAAAUGGACAUUCUCCUUAUGUGUGGUGAACGGUGGCAUACAUUUUCAAAGUUGGGCUAGUGAAAUACUUUUUUUUUUCUAUGAAAGGUAUGAAAUCAACAUACAAUUUUUACAAAUGGAUUUUGCAUGUUUUAUGAGUGUAUACUGCAUUUUCUGGAUAAAUUAGGAUAUUUGAGUUAUAUACUUAAGUUGUAAUUGGUUUCGCUGUAGUGAUACUCUGAAUGUUCAGGAAUUGACAUUCCAGCUUUGCAGAAUGCCGCCUGUAUAUAUGUAAGUAGUCCCUUAAUGUGAACUGGAUUUUAAUGCAGUAUGUGUACAAUUCUGGCUCUUUGUUUACUCCUUUAACAGAUUUGUAAUACAGAGAACCCAAGAAUGAGUCAUCUAAUUAAAAUUUAUCAUUUAUAUUUGGAGUCAACUUACAUCAGUUUUUUUUUAGAUUUCCAAUUGCUUGUGAAGUUAGUGGAGAAUGAUAAAUACUCCAGGGGUCAUACAAUUCCACCAGCAAAUGCUUUGGCAUAUUCUUUGUUUUGGUUGUAGCUUCAUUGUAUGUAUUUGACUGUUUCUCAGUAGUCCACCUCGUGUUUGUCGUGGGCUUAGUGUUGUUGCAGUAUCCUAGUCCGUGAUCUUCCUUCUGUGCCGUGGUGCUGCUGAAAGCACUGCGGCGCUAUGCAACUUGCACUUACAUGCCACAGGAAAUGGGGGGGCCAAUCGCUAUCAUGGCAGAUUUGUGCUAAAGGCUGCAAGCAGGGGUGUUGUGCGAGCAGUAACAUUAUUUUAUUGGUUUAAAUUCCCUUAAUGGCAGUGAUUGUAACACAUCAUGCUCAUGUAGUGAGUGUCGUGGGAUCAAUCCCAACAUUUCAUUCUGAACAAAA